AUGAUAGAAGUCAGUGAGAUAAAUAACACAGUUGAAAAUCGAAGCAUCUUAAUCUGGUCCUGUGCUCAUCUCGACAACGCUAAGACCCGUAAAUCCUUCCGAAUCAACGUAGAAUAUGACUCUGCCACGAAACUUGCUUGGAAUCCGGACGACCGAACCAUUGCCAUACACAAACUGGCAGAGAACUGCGUUGAAAUCUACAAAAUGGAUAAAAAGGAUGGCUGGUUUGCACGGCCUUCGAAGGGCAUUUGCUAUCCAAAGGUAACUAACAACGACAUCGUGGGUUUUGGAAUAUCAUGCACUGGCCGCUUCAUGAUGAGUUGUGAUAAUGGUACCGACUUAUAUUUGUGGGAUGUUAAAGGAAACCAACUGGACAAGAUUGAUACGUAUUUGAUGAACACAUAUUCAGCUAAAAUAUCACCGUGUGGACGAUUCAUAGCAGCCUGUGGUUUUGCACCAGAUUGUAAAGUUUGGGAAGUGAAGUUUUCGAAAACUGGCGAAUAUCAGAAAACCAUUCGUGCCUUUGAUUUGUCUGGACAUUCUUCUGGAAUCUAUGAUGUCGCUUUUGAUCAAGAUACAUCACAUAUGGCGACUGUCUCAAAGGAUGGCACUUGGAAGCUGUUCGACACCAGAAUUGAAUACGAGAAAGGCCAAUCGCCACGAUGCCUCCGAACUGGAAAAUAUACACAAUCACCCCAAUCAUCCCUAAUCGCACUAUCAAUCAACGCGGAAGUGAUUGCAAUUGCAACUGGAAGAAAUGUGGAAAUAUUUUCGGGAAGUACUGGUGAAUGCGACGCAACUCUCAAGCAUGUUUUCGAAGGAGCAGUUGUCGCAAUAACCUUCGAUCCGAUGGGAAAAUUUCUAUUUGCUGCAGGCGACCGAUAUGUUCGAAUGUAUCACAACGUGACUGGCUACAAGGAAACCAAUCUGAAUAUGCAAGCUAAGCUCAAAACCAACUUGACCAGUGCCACCCGAGAACGUCUCGAAAAACAAGUUGAAGAAAAUAUGGAGUUUUUGAAGAAAUUUUCUUGA